UUGCAGGUGCCGGUGACGUUUGACGACGUGUCCGUGUAUUUCAACGACAAGGAGUGGGAGAAGCUGGAGGAGUGGCAGAAGGAGCUCUACAAGAAUGUGAUGAAGGGGAACUACGAGUCCUUGAUCUCCCUGGACUAUGCAAUUUCCAAACCUGGCGUUUUGUCCCAGAUUGAGCAAGGAGAGGAAUUGCAGGUCGGGAACGAGCAGGACUUGGAGGAGAGGGAGAUCAUAACGGACGCCACGGAUGGGUAA